AUGGUCCAGGGUGCUGUAGAGGCUAGUGGGCCCCUCUGGGGCUGGGAUGGGGAUGGAGAUGAUGAUUGGGAUGGGGCUGUACUUGCAUUGUUGGCAUUGGCUGUGGUGGCUACUACCGCAUUAGCUUUUCAGUGGUUUGGUUCCAGGCAGGACCAGGAGGUGACAGGAUCAACGUCCACAUCUCCAGGGAUGCAACCUACUCAAGCAGGAGGACCCAGGAUGGCCCUGCACCCAAAGUCGAAGGUCAGUGAUGCCAGUAAGGGACAGAGCUCAGGAAGGUGGAAAUCAGAGGCUCCUGGACACCUUCAGGGGAAACCUGCUACAGCCAGGGCCCAGGACCCGGAGCCCUCAAGGGGUGGAAGUAUGGCCUCCACUGCCAGGCUUCCACUCAAAACACCCGGAGAGGUGGCCAGCAGAGGGGCAACCCCAGGAGCCCUGGGAAAUAAAGGAAGGGAGCCUCCUAGGCAAGAAACUGCCCUCAUGGGCUACAGCAAAGCAAGAGAUACUCCUGCCCCACUCCUGAUCCACUUCACCUCUCCGGGUCCUGACAGCAAAGCAGAGACGCAGGUGGAGGCAAGUGGCACACAGAAUAAGGGGACAACUUGCCAGGUCCUGGUCCAUACCAAGCAACAGGACAAGAGCCCCUGGCACCUGAGUGUCAGGCCUUCUGGUUCACUAGGGAGAGGCCUGGGCAGCUUGAGACGGCGGCCAGGUACCAGCUCAGGAGACAGACCUUGCCGUCCCCGAAAGCCAGACCCCCUCCGCCUGGGCUCUGCAGUGAGUGUGUGGGACACUGUGGAUACGGCAUGUGCAGCUACUCAGGACACCCUCACCUGCAGUUCCCUAGCAGGUACCUCAUUGCUCCACCUGAGCAGGGGGCUCAGGGGACCUCAGGAGAUCAGCCCAGCCAGCUUUGCUCACACUUGUCCCCAGGCAGAUGACUUCCAGGAUGUGCAUGGGAGGAGCGGCCUCCAGCUCACUUCAGCUAGCACUGCAGGUCCUGGGGCUAAGGAUGGCCAGAGCAGAGAGACUGGGUCCCCCACCCCUAAGGAGAAUCGGGAAGUCUUGGCUUGUGAGGAAGCCUGGCACUGGGAGAGUGGGGCAGCCAUGUUAACCAGCAACUUCAGGUGCUCUCGAGGUGCACUGCUAGAGGAGUCACCCCUGGAGGCCAGUGAGGUCGACCACGUCAUGGACCAGAGCAAGACAGAAAAGCUAGAGGGCCACCUCACUGGAGAAGGGAGAGGAGCCCCUCAAAGCCAGAGUAGUGAACAGAUGUCUGGCAGUCCAUCAGCUGACCAGAGACUUGUGCUUUCCCUGGAGACAAGGAAGUCUUCCAUUGGUGGUCUCAGCUGCACUCCCUCCUGCAACCCUCCAGCCUCUCCUCUGAUGCAGGACACUGAGCAGUUUCCAUCCUCUAUGGCUGCAGCGCAUCACCACCCUGUCUUCCUACAUGCAGUCCCAACCCCUGCUCCUUUAAACUCUCUGCCCCUGGGUCCUCCUUUGUAUCAGGGUCCUCCUGAUGGUGCAAAUCUAAGAGUAGCACCAGCCCCAUUUCCAACACCAAUUUUAGCCCCAGGAAUUUCAACUUCAGCUUCAGCAGCAAUCCUAGCCCCAUCGCCAAUAUCAUCCCUAAUCUCAUGCUCAGAUCCAGAACUAUUUACAUCCCUAACCCCAAUCUCAAAAAAAACUCCAGCUGUAGUCCCAGUCUCAACCUCAACCUCAAAACCAACCCUAGACCCAGAACCAGACCCAGUUGUAGUCUUAACCCCAAUCUCAAAACCAACCCCAGCCUCAGUCUCAAUUACAGUCUUAACCCCAAUCUCAACACCAACUCUAUCCCCAGCCUCAGUCCCAAUUACAGUCUUAACCACAGUCUCAACACCAACCUCAUCCCCAACCCAAGCCUCUACCCCAGUGGAAUCCCAUGCCUCUGCAGUAGCUAGUGGGUCAAGGCCUGUGUCUAGGGAGUCCAACGUAGGCCUCUCCAAGAGCUCCCAAGAAGGGCAGAUCUCAACUAACUGGGGAAACCUUAUUACCAUGGUUCUUAGAAGCCACCCCUUCCCUAAAGAAGAGAGGCCCCAAGGGAGUGCCCCAAAGGAAGUUCCUGCAAGUCCUGCAGGGCUGGGCACAUCCACACACCCUGAAGAUAGACAGCCAGGCUUCCACUCUGAAGAGGCCAUCUGUAGCCUCCAGGACAAGCACUUGGUUACAUCAUCAAGUUCAGGAGACCUUGUUGAGGCUGCAUGUCAACUACAGCCAAUGAGCAUGGAGACCAAAGAAUCUUUUACUUCUGGCUCACCCCUAGACCCAAGAGAUGAAUCCAAGGAGAAAAGUCUAGACUUACUGCCUCUGACUGCAAAGCCUAGGGCUGCCUCACAGCUUUCGGUACAGGCACAGCCUGGCCCUGUAUCAUCUACUGCUGUGAGGAAGGAUUCUCAGCCCAUCCCUCAGCCUCCACAACGGCAAGGGCAACACAGUGUUUAUGAAGAAGCUCAGAGCUCUGAGCAGACAGUUACCCAGGAAGUGCCUCAGCAGCCCCAGCAAGUGCCAGGAGAGGAGGCCAACCCUGCAGGCAGCAGGGCAGAGCAGCAGAAAGAAGCCCAAAAGAUCGUGAUUUUUUUGCAGAAACCUGGGAGUUGGGGGGUGGUGGAGGGGCCUCAGAAGUCCUGCUCACUGGCCUUGCAGCCUACCACAACAAUGGGGUUGUGGCCCCAAAGGCUAGAUCUAGGCAGCUGCCUGGAGGUUCUGGCCUUUGCCCAGCAACAUGGGGAGCUUGAUUUGGCCCGGGAGACCUACGCCUUGAUCAGUAACAACUUGCUGCAUGUGCUAGGUGAUCCACAUCUCUACAGGCAGCUGAGUGGGGCUGACAGGGAGCGCAUCCUGAGCCUGCGUACCUGUCAGGGCCAGACAGUGCUGGGGGUCCUUGUGCUGCCCAGCCUUUACCAGAUGAGCCGCUCGGGGAUCACAAGGAGCUCUCAUGAUGAGGAGGCUCCUGCAUCUAGGCCUGAGCAUUUGUACUCUCACACGUACCUCCAUGUGUUCAACCCCCAAGAGAAUGUGUGGUGGCCCCUGACUCAGAUACCAGAGGAGAUACCACUUCGGGGCUGUGGUCUCUGCACCAUGUAUAAUUACCUGUUUCUGGCAGGUGGCAUCCGGGGCUCUGGUACCAAGGCUGUCUGUUCCAAUAAGGUGUUCUGCUACAACCCUCUGACUAACAUUUGGAGCCAGAUUCGGCCCAUGCAGCAGGCCCGGGCCCAGCUCAAGCUGGUGGCCCUGGAUGGACAGCUUUAUGCCAUUGGUGGUGAGUGUCUCUACAGCAUGGAACGCUAUGACCCACGCACAGACAGCUGGACCUUGCGAGCGUCCCUCCCUGAAGGCACCUUCCCCGUGGCCCAUGAGGCUGUGGCCUGCCGUGGGGAUAUCUAUGUCACAGGAGGUCACCUCUUUUACCGCCUACUCAGAUAUAGCCCUAAGAAAGACUCAUGGGAUGAGUGUCCCUAUAGUGCCAGCCACCGGCGCUCCAGUGACAUGGUGGCACUAGGAGGCUUCCUGUACCGUUUUGAUCUGUUGCGGGGUGUAGGUGCUGCAGUGAUGCGCUACAACACUGUGACAGGCUCCUGGAGCCAUGCUGCUUCCCUACCACUUCCUAACCCUGCUCCCCUCCACUGCACGGUGCUGGGAAACACCAUUUACUGUCUCAACCACCAGGUCACAGCUACCUUCACAGUCUCUGAGGGAACUGCCCAGUUCCAGGCCAAGGAGCUGCAGCCCUUUCCCCUGGGGAGUAAGGGGGUACUCUGUCCAUUUACUCUGACUCUGCCUCCCAAGACCCAGCUACAGACCACACUCUGA